CCGAAUUUUUGGACGCGUUUGGCGGCCUGGGGGACAGAAGCUUCUACGCUCGACAUUCACCUCCAUACGUACUUGUAUUGCGAGUCGCUGUCUUAUUCUUCGAUCUCGUAACUAUCAACACACGUCUUGCUCUCGGUAUAGUCUGCCCACGAUGUCGUUCGGCGGCCAAACACCCACCAUUGUCGUGCUGCGGGAGGGUACCGACCAGUCCCAGGGCCGUGGUCAGGUUCUUUCCAACAUCAAUGCCUGCCUCGCCGUACAGUCGACAAUAAAAGGGACAUUAGGCCCAUACGGGGGCGACCUUCUCCUAGUAGAUGAGAACGGCAGGCAGACAAUCACUAACGACGGCGCGACCGUCAUGAAGCUACUCGACAUCAUCCACCCCGCAGCGCGAAUCCUCACAGACAUUGCCCGCUCACAAGAUGCCGAAGUUGGCGACGGAACGACAUCAGUCGUUGUAUUGGCAGGAGAGAUACUGAAGGAGAUCAAAGAUCACGUGGAACAGGGUGUAAGCAGCCAGACCAUCAUCAAAGGUCUGCGGAGAGCUUCGAAUAUGGCCGUAAAUAAGAUCAUGGACAUCGCUGUGGACACUGCCGAGGGCAACCAGAGGGAUACGCUGCUGAAGCUUGCUGCCACUGCUAUGAGUAGCAAGCUGAUACACCGAAAUGCAGACUUCUUCACAAAGAUGGUCGUCGACGCUGUCCUCUCCCUCGACCAAAACGACCUCAACGAGAAGCUCAUUGGCGUCAAGAAAAUCACCGGUGGCGCUCUCCAAGACUCCCUCUUCGUCAACGGAGUUGCAUUUAAAAAGACUUUCUCCUACGCCGGUUUCGAGCAACAGCCCAAAUCCAUCAAGAACCCCAAGAUUGUCUGCCUGAAUGUGGAGCUUGAACUCAAGAGCGAGAAAGAUAACGCCGAAAUAAGAGUCGAGCAAGUCUCCGAAUACCAAGCCAUCGUGGACGCAGAGUGGCAGAUCAUCUUCAACAAGAUGGAGGCACUAUUCAAGACGGGCGCAAAAGUCGUCCUAAGCAAACUCCCCAUCGGAGAUCUUGCAACCCAGUAUUUCGCCGACAGGGACGUCUUCUGUGCUGGCCGUGUCGCAUCCGACGAUCUCGAACGCGUGUGUCAAGCCACGGGCGCCAGCAUCCAGUCUACCUGCUCCGACAUCCAACCCAAGCACCUCGGCACUUGCGAGACCUUCGAGGAGCGACAAAUCGGCGGCGAGCGCUUCAACUUCUUCGCAGGCUGUCCCGCAGCUAAGACGUGCACGCUCGUCCUGCGUGGCGGCGCAGAGCAGUUCAUAGCGGAAGUCGAGCGAAGUCUUCACGACGCUAUCAUGAUCGUCAAACGCGCCAUCAAGAACCGAAGCAUCGUUGCUGGGGGCGGUGCUUGCGAGAUGGAAGUCUCAUCGUACCUCCACGCAUAUGCGGAUAAGAAUGUCCCACAUAAGCAGCAGGCUAUCAUCAAAGCGUUUGCCAAGGCCCUAGAAGUCAUUCCCAGGCAGUUGUGCGAUAACGCGGGUUUCGAUGCCACGGAUAUCCUGAAUCGGCUGAGGGUGGAGCACAAGAAGGGAAAUAUAUGGGCGGGCGUGGAUUUCUUGAACGAGGGUAUUGCGAAUAAUAUGGAGAAGUUUGUCUGGGAACCGAGUUUGGUUAAGGUGAAUGCUCUGCAGGCGGCGACGGAGGCGGCAUGUUUGAUUUUGAGUGUUGAUGAGACGAUAAAGAACCAAGAAUCGCAGCAACCGCAAGCGCCGAACAGGCCGUUACCACCCGGGGCUGCGCAGAGAGCGCUCGGAAGGGGUCGUGGUAGGGGUAUGCCUAGGCGGUAGAGGGUUUGGUAGAUUGGUAG